CUCCUUUCCAUUCUUCUUCUUACUCCUCUUCUCUCUUCCUCUCAUCCUCCCACCCCCCUCCUCCCUCCCUCAACCGGCUCUUUCUCUCUCUCUCCUCUCGGCCACAGGCCCCACGGCCCAAUGCUCACCUCACGAGCCACUGCGUCCGGCGUCCGCCCCCUCGGGAGGCGCGCCAUGGCCGGACGCCGCGCCAACAUGUCCCGGUUGGCGACGCCACACACACCGUUCUCCCUCGCGCUCCAGACGGUUGGCAUCCCCAGCCCUCUCGCUCUCGGUCUUCGUCAUGUCCCCCGCUUCUAUUCGACCUCUACCCAGUCUACGACCACGUCUACGUCCACCUCAACUCCGCCCCCUGUUACCGGCCAGCCUCUCAAGGCUGAGCAAGCUGUCGUCAAGGUCCCCCCUCCCGGCUCUCCGGCGCCCACGCCGCCCGUCCCCGCCGAGCAGGCGGCCGAAACGGCGCUCGCUCCGCCCGAUAGCAAGGUUCCCGCCAAGGAGAAGAAGAAGCCGACGGGGCCAUGGCACAAGCGCGCCUGGGCCGUUGUCAAGAAGGAAGCCGCGCACUAUUGGGCCGGCACCAAGCUCCUCGGCCAAGAGAUCAAGAUCUCGUCCAAGCUCCAGUGGAAGGUUCUGCAGGGCGGUUCGCUGACGCGCCGUGAGCGCCGUCAGCUGCGCCGCACCACCACCGACCUUCUCCGUCUCCUCCCGUUCUCCGUCUUCAUCAUUAUUCCGUUCAUGGAGCUGCUUCUUCCCGUCGCGCUCAAGCUCUUCCCCAACAUGCUUCCGAGCACAUUCGAGGGUCAGCUAGCCAAGGAGGAGAAGGAGCGUAAGCUGCUUCGUGUCCGUCUUGAGAUGGCCAAGUUCCUCCAGGAGACUGUCAAGGACACUGGCCUCAAGGCUGACCAGGUUGUGCGCUCGGAUGAGUUCAAGGAGUUUUUCCGCAAGGUUCGGUCUACCGGCGAGAACCCGUCUCACGAUGACAUUAUCCGCGUCGCUAAGCUUUUUGACUCGGAGAUCACACUCGACAACCUGUCGCGCGCUCAGCUCGUAUCUGUCUGCAAGUACAUGAACAUCCACGCCUUUGGCACCGACACUUUCCUCAAGCACCAGAUUCGCUCGCGUAUCGAGAAGAUUCGCGUCGAUGAUAUGAUGAUCCACGCUGAGGGCGUUGACUCACUCUCGACCAAGGAACUCCAACAGGCGUGCCAGUCCCGUGGUAUCCGGUUCCAGGGCACAUCCCCGGCUCAUCUCCGCGAGGAGCUUGAGCAGUGGAUCGACCUGCACUACAUGAACAAGAUUUCUGGCGUUCUGCUUAUUCUCUCGCGUGCGUUCAACUUUGGCGGCAAGACUGAGGACGUCCUUCCCUCGCUGGUGUCGACUCUCGCCUCGCUUCCGGAGAGCCUGGUUGACGAGACCGAGCUCGCGCAGUACAAGGACGACGUCGACUUCAAGCAGAAGCUCGAGGUUCUCCAGCAGCAGCAGGAGCUCAUUGAGGAGGAGGCCGUCCAGGAGAAGGAAGAGGCCGAGGCCCGCAAGGAAAGGAAGGAGGCCGAGGAGGCUGCCAAGGAGGCAGAGCGCGAGGCCAAGGCCGCCGAGAAGGCUGCUGCCGAGGCCGAGGCUGCCGAGAAGGCCAUCGAGGCCAAGGCCACCGGCGCUGAUGAGCCUCCUGUCAUCCCCGUGACGGACGGUGCCACACCUAUCCCUGCCGCCGCUCCCACGACCGACGCUAAGGUCGCCGACGCCGCCCCCGAGGCCAAGGCCAAGGCCGAGGAGCCUGUACAGGAGGAGCCCAAGCCCGACGCCGCCAAGAUGACCAAGGAGCAGCUCAACGAGCUGGCCGAGGCCCUUUCCAUUCUCACCGCCAAGUCGUCCAUUGCGAAGGAGCGCAACGAGCUCGCCGCGCUCUUCGAGGACAACCUGCUCUCUGAGGCCCGCUCGAAGGAGAACCCGGAUGAGGCCGACUCCAAGUCGGUUGCUCUCUCGAAGCGCGUGCGCAGCAUGAUCAAGAAGAUCGACGCUCAGCUCGAGAAAUACGACGAGCGCGUUGGAUCGAGCCUCAACUUGAUCCACACCAACGCCAAGGGCCAGAUCCGGAAGAAGGACUUGUUCGGUGCGCUGCGUGUGAUUGCCCACCCCCCGCCCGACGAGAUCAUCGAGGAGAUCGGACAGAAGCUAGACCCCGACGGAGACGGGAUGGUCGAGCUCGACCACGUGCUCGAGCUCGCGCAGGAGGACGCCUUGGGUCUCGGUGUGCUCUUCGACGAGGCCACCGACCUCCUCGACAAGGGGAGCGACAUCCGCCAUUCCAAAGAUCUCAAGGAUGUCAAGGAGAUCAAGCCCAAGCGCGAAGACAUUGUUGCGGAGUAGACUAGCAUUUGCAUGGCAUAGAUUGUUUUUAG